GUAGAAUAAGUAACGUAUCGACACGAUUACGUCGGGUGAGUGACCUGGUCCGUCCUCCAACAUAAAAUCAAAGAAACUCUGAUCAAGUUAUUAAUCUGACAGCGAGUCAUAUCAGGUAAAGAGCAAUAACAUCAUGGUUUUCGAGGAGAAAAUGAUCCUGAACGGGGAACCCGAAGAUGAAGAGGAGGAGGAAGAAGAGGAGGAAGACAUGGUGGACCCCCUUGACACAGUGCGGGACAAGUGUGCACAGGCAGAGCACUGCAUCCACACCCGGGCAAAACUAGAGGACUGCGAGUCCAGGGUCAGCUCCAAGUCCGAGACCGCAGAGGACUGCACUGAAGAGCUUUUCGACUUUCUCCAUGCCCGGGACCACUGUGUGGCACACAAAGUCUUCCAUUCUGUCAAAUAAAGUACAUCCAGCUCCCUGCACUACUGGCAGAAAUUCCCUGUCAGAUAUAGAAACGAGUACCUGGUUUGAAAGGAAACCUCUAUGGAUCUAUGUUGUAACCUCAAAUACACACUCUGUUCAUGUGAAUAAAUUGUAAAUUAAGUGUUAAAUCAGUGUUUUUUGUAACUGGUUGGAUUUCAUUAAGUUAUAUACUUUUGUUAGUUGUGACGCAUCUACUCUCGUCUACCAGCUGGCGGGAGCUAUUGAGACUGGGAACGAGGUUAUGCUGUAUCAAUGUGGCAAGUGCAGCAUAAAUUAACUUGGUCAUUGGUCUCACAACAACUGGAUAAUUGCAAAGAAUUACAAUUGCUUUAUGUUCCGCUUAAAUGCAAUUUCACAUAAUGGAAACCUUGUAUAGCAUGCCUCCAUGCAAUCAACAACCCCUGGUAAAAUCUUACUUUUUGUAGUGUGCAAUAAAAGCUGUCACGAGUU